AUGUCAUGGACCAUUAGGCUUGAACCGUCAUCUCCAUUCAAGACAAUUUCAAAUGCUGAAAUUUUAGAAUUUAAUAAAAUAAUUAAAGAGUUAAGGGUAAAAAUAAAAGAAAUGAAGGAACAAGUUGAUUUAGUAAAGCAAAAAACAUUCAAAGUUGAUAAAGGAAUAUCGUUACUUGAUAUAAAAUAUCACACUUUACUCCAAUACAUUACAAAUCUAUGCUAUCUGGUACACUUGAAACUUGAUGGGAAAUCGAUUAAAAAUCACCCUGUUAUAAUCAAUCUUGUUGAAUUAAGAGUUGUAUUGGAAAAAAUAAAACCUAUAGAGCAGAAAUUGAAAUAUCAAAUUGAUAAAUUGAUAAGAUCAACAUUAUUAAUAAUAAAUACUAUUUCUACUACAAUGACAAACCCUCUUUCCUUCAAGCCCAAUCCUCAAAAUCUUAUGAUAGAACCUAGUAAAAAAACUAAAGAUAAUAAUAACAAUGAAAAGAAAUCCGAUGAAAUUUAUAAAGCACCUAAAUUAGCACCGGUACAUUUUGAAGAGAAAGGAGUCAAAUCAAAACAAGAAAAAGAGAGGGCACGUAUUCUUUGGAAGGCAUCUAACUCUCGGUUAGUUCAAGAUUUGAUGCUGGAAUAUGAUGAUCGACCAGAAGAAUCCGAUAUUAUUGGUGGAUUGCAACAUCCAGGAGGAGUUCGGAUACGAGAUAAAGUAGAUAAGGUGAUAGAAGAACGAAAUAGAUACGAGGAGGAGAAUUUUAUUCGAUUGAAUGUUUCUAAAAAGGAAAAAAGGAAGGCUAAAAUGCUUAAAAAGUUUGAAGAUGAGUUUGAGAACUUGGAUGAUUUUAAAAGUUUAAACAAUAUUCGAGAUGAUGUGGAAGCAGCAGAAAAAGAAA